GGGCAUUUGCAAGUUACGCCUUUCCAAAUAGGGGCAUGCAGCCUGAGUCACGGAGGGUUGUUCCAGUGUUGUGUGCGAGCAACGAAGCAGCUGUGUCAAAAAGCGACAGCCUUUGCUGAAGAAAGUUAUUUUCAUUCUCCUCUCAGCACAGUUUACUCGUGUGCUGUGUGUGGCGUGCGAGACAAAUUUGAAGGCGCAACAGAGUGCCAUAUUUUUGCCGCUGCGCUCACUGCCAAGUCGUGACCUAGAUGUGGCAGCGGUGAGUGGAAGGCGCACGUUCGCCAGUGUUCAACAGACAGCGUGGCCAGUCCCAGUCGGCUCUUUACCACCUCUUUUAAAACCAUUGCCAUUGGCUUUUGCUGGGUGAAGUUGCUGGAGAAAACUGUUGUCGUCGAAACCGGCGUCUGUGGGCGGUUCUGACUGUGCUCAACAAGUUCACUUUGCAUCAUGCUCAUGGCCCUGGAAUGUCGCUUUUCCAAUGGUGAAUAUUCAGAAGGAUUAAGUUUCCCUGGGGUAAAGUCGUAAAGACUUGUGCUCAUCAUCUUUUGGGUUCUCGCAGUGGCGAGUGUUCUCAAACUUGUUUCGAUUUGCGCGUAAACCUGGACUGGCGAGUGUUCCUGGAAUUUUGGAUUACCGAAGGUGAAGAUGGCUUUCGUAGCUGAUGCCGGAAGAGUGGACGGUUCGUGGGAACUGACAAUUUUUGUUACGGACUUGCAAGAGGAAUGCAGAUUGCGCGUGAAAGGCGAUCUUCAUGUCGGCGGUGUUAUGCUCAACCUUGUUCAGACCCUCGAUGUUGCACAGGACUGGUCAGACCAUGCUUUGUGGUGGCCAGAGCACAACAUGUGGCUUUUGCGGCCCCGGUCAACACUGGACCAGUAUGGUGUACAAGCUGAUGCCAAGCUGCAGUUUACUCCCAUGCAUAAAAACCUUCGAGUGCAGCUGCCAGACCUGCAGGUUCACAAUCUGCGUGUGGAUUUCUCUGUUAAAUGCUUCAAUGCUGUCAUCCAGCUGUGCAAAGAACUUGGUAUUAGGCAUCCGGAGGAGCUUUCAUUGUUGCGUAAGUGGGAUAGAGAUGAUCUGAAAAGAGUAGCCAAAGAGGUGACGAAGAUGAAGAAAAAGAAAGAUGCUGGAGAUGCAUCCCCAGGCCCCCUCAGUGCCAACGGAACACUGCAUUCCUCCUCUGGUAGCAUAGAUGGCAAGCUGAGCCCCUAUCCCAGCCGCAGCCCCCUGGGGCCUUCACCAACAAGCACUCUGGUUCGUAGUCCGGGUACCUCCAUGUCCAUCUCUGCAUACAACACCUUUAAUGGUAUGCUCAGUCCUGGUUCAAUGCACAGCUUGUCAUUUGAGGGAGCCAUGGAAUCCUCACUAGCCAACAGUCCCCCUGUCCCCUCAAAAGAAGCUUUUCAGUACCUCUUCCGACCCAAGAACUUUGCUGAAAAAGCACGCAUGAAUUGCGCAUGGCUUGACUCAUCUCGGUCUUUGAUGGAACAGGGCGUUUUAGAGAAUGACUUCAUCAUGCUUAAAUUCAAGUAUUUCAACUUUUACGAUCUGAACCCAAAGUAUGAUGCUAUUCGAAUCAACCAGAUUUACGAGCAGGCUAAAUGGGCGCUGAUCUCAGAGGAAAUUGACUGCACAGAGGAAGAGAUGAUGGUGUUUGCUGCACUCCAAUUUCAGAUUCAGCUUCAGUCAGGCUUGCCUCAAUCUGAAGUUGAUGGCAGUGGACCUACCAGCAUGAACUUCACAGAAACUGACGAGAUCGGUGCAGCUUUGUCCGACCUGCAGAGCUCCUUAGAAGGUUCCUCCAUAUCGACACCAGGGGAUAUCACUCACAUACCAGAGCUUGCAGAUGAGAUUCGGUUUUUCAAGCCUAAGAAACUGACACUCAAGAGUUACAAGAGAUACUGGACAACCUUCAAGGACACUCACAUCGCCUUCUAUCGCAGCAGAGAAGAGGUUUCUGGCCCACCCAUUAUGAGAAUAAAUGUUCGUGGAUGUGAAACUCAACCAGAUGUCAACCUAGCCACCAAGAAAUAUGCCAUCAAACUCUUUGUCCCAGACUCUGAGGGAAUGAGUGAGAUUUGCCUUCGCUUCGAUACGGAGCAGCAAUACUGUCACUGGAUGGCUGCUUGUCGACUUGCAUCUAAGGGACGAACAAUGGCUGACAGUUCCUAUGAAUCUGAAGUGACAGCCUUGCAAAAUUUUCUGGUCAUGCAGCACCCAUCUAGUGCCCCAGUUAUAACACCAUCAGAAGCCAACAUCCAGCCAGAAGACUUUAUUGCCCCUCGAUUUUUCAAGAAGAUCAAGUCCAAACAGAUUGUUCAACGAAUUAUGGAAGCCCAUGCCAAUGUGCAAGAAAUGGGUCUGGUUGAAGCCAAAAUGGCCUACAUUAAGGCCUGGCAGUCACUGCCAGAGUUUGGCAUCACAUACUUCCGCAUACGGAUGGCCAACAGUAAGAAAGAGGAACUAAUGGGCGUGGCCAGCAACAGAGUCAUCCGCAUGGACCUCAACACUGGCGACUCCAUCAAAACCUGGAGGUACAAUCUCCUUCAGACCUGGCAUGUGAAUUGGGAGAAUGAGACAGUCAUCUUGGCCUUUGAGGAUGAGAAGGUCACAUUUGCACCUAUUGAGUGUUCUUGCAAGACUGUACAUGAAUUCAUUGGUGGCUACAUCUUCCUGUCCACAAGAUCACAGGACAAAAACCAGUCUCUCAAUGAAGAACUGUUCCACAAGUUAACAGGGGGCUGGGCCUCAUAGCGACCCAGCGGUAGUUUUGUGUGCAUCUUGCAUAUAUGAGGUUACAUGUCAUACAUGCAUUUCAUCUCGAAGGGAGUUAACCAACAUUCCCCCAAACAACUGCAUCUCACCAUGUACACCUCAACUGAACCAAUGCAGAAUGCUUACUGUGCUUACAGACGGUGGUGUUGCUGAAAUUUAUUUAUUUCUAGUUGUACACAUUGCUUAAUGCUGUGAAAUGUAGGUUACAUGAUGCAUUGUGUAAUCAUGACAAGACCGGAUAGUUACUUCCGGCCUACACUUCUUGUGGUGCUGAUUGUACAAAUACCCUUUCUGUCCUUACACUACAGAUAAUUGAUGGUAGUAGACUGUGCAACCUUUGCUGGCAGUAAUUCGUGGCAUGGUAAUGAUACAGGUAAAGUGUGAUCUGCAUCAUGCUGCACCACCAUCCUUACUGGUAGUUAAUGUAGUGAUCAUCCUGCCUUCAUAGACUCAUCUGUGAUAUAAUACUUCAAUCUUUCUCUUGCUAUAUAGCUGUUACCUUCAGUGACUGGAAAGGAGGGUUUGCAUAUACAUCAUUGACGUCUGCUACUGCUUGCACAGAGCUCAGUUUACAAUGUACUUCAAGUUCUACACUACUAAUAUUGUUACAUGCAUCAUACGCGGUCUUCCUAAUAAAACUGAAAUGAUG